CGUCGCACGCACACGCACACGCCACACACGCCACCUAACAUGGAAGACCAGGUCCCCGCCAACCGCCUCUACGUCGGCAACCUCCCGUGGUCCACGGACGUGGACGAGCUCCGCGCGAUCUUCUCCUCGUGCGGCGCCAUCACGCACGUGGACAUUCCCAAGGGCCGCCAGGGGCGCUCGCGCGGGUACGGCAUCGUGGAGUACUCCUCCGCCGCGGAGGCGCAGGCCGCGAUCGCGCAGCUCGAGGGCCACACCCUCGGCGACCGCAACCUGACCGUGCGCGAGGACAACGCGCCGACGAAGACCGCCAACUCCGGCGGUGGAUCCAAGUCUGGCGGCGGCCGCGGCUCCGGGAACGUCAUGGGCGAGACCCCCGCCGCGGAGGGCUGCCGCUGCUACAUCGGCAACCUCGCGUGGGAGACGACCGCGGAGUCCCUCGUCGGUGCGUUUGAAGACUAUCCGCACUUCUCCUCCGUCGGCUCCGUCGUCAACGCUGAAGUCGCGAAGCAGCCCGGCGGCCGCAGCAAGGGCUGGGGCCUCGUCGACUUCGAGUCCCCCGCCGCGGCGGAGUCCGCCAUCGCGACGCUCCACAACUCCGACCUCCAAGGCCGCUCCAUCAUCGUCCGCCUCGAGCGCGCGGGCGGCGCUACCAAGGGGCCCGGCGGCGGCGCCAACGCGGGCCGCCCCGAAGCCUCCUCCGGGCUUCAGAUCGUCGUCCGCAACCUCCCGUGGACGACCACGAGCGAGGACCUCCGACAGGUGUUUCAGCAGGUCGGCAACGUCGUCAAGGCGGAUGCGGUGUGCCACGCGGACACCGGCCGCAGCAAGGGGUGGGGCACCGUGCUCUUCGAGACCCGCGAGCAAGCGCAGGCGGCGAUCCAAGGGUUCAACGGCGUCGAGCUCGAGUCGCGCCCGAUGCAGAUCAAGCUCGAUCGUUACGAUUAAAACCCCCGUAACGAAGAUCGAGACGAGAGAGGAGGAGGAGGACGAAUGAUGAUGAUGAUGAUGAUGAUGAUGAUGAAUUUCAGACGAGAAAUGAAUUUUGGAUCGAGAGAGUGAAGGUGGAUGGAAGGAAGGUUUUGAGAGGAGCUGUGAAGAGCGGAGGAGAAAACGAGGAGAGUCGCGGUGCGACGUAACCGAGUCGUCGAAAACGAGCAGAGCAGAGUGAUGAAAGUACAAAGUAACCGCGGGGCGUCGAGGCCUCGACGCGGUUGACCGGUAUAUCUGUCAACCGCGUCAACGCUCUCGACCACGCGGUUAAUGAUGGUAAAUGGCUGGCUGGCAACGCCCGCGCGUCCGACGCGCGCGGGCUGAAACGGAUGUUGAUUUCGUAUCCUAGCAAUGGGAGAGAGAGACAGUAGUUUUGAGUAUCUUGAAAGUGCCAAUCAAGUUAAC